ACAAGUGUGCGAGCGGAAUUGCUGUUUUCGUGUAAUUCUUGUUGUUGUAAACGUAAGUUUGUUGCAAAUAUAUUUGCAAUACCAUUGUUGUUCCGAUUAAAACGAUCGCGCGCGAAAAGUCCCACGUGUCGCUGUGUUUUUCAUAUUUCGCGUCAGUGAUCGCAGAACGCGAUAACAGUCCGUGAAUGAGAUUUCUUAUAUUGAGGUUAUGUGUGCGUUAAACAUUGCAAAUAUUCUAUAAUACAAUUCAUCGCGUCUCUGGCGAUGAAUGCCAAUGACAAAUAAUGCGAGGUUAAAUUGAUUUUUUUCUACAUCGUUGGCACGAGCGGCGUAUCUUCGAGGACACAAACAUGGCGGAUUAUUGGAAGUCCCAGGGGCGCAAGUUCUGCGACUUCUGCAAGUGCUGGAUCGCCGAUAAUAAACCGAGUAUUGACUUCCACGAGGGCGGCAAGAAACACAAGGAAAAUGUCAGCAAGCGGCUCAAGGAGAUUCACAAGAAUAGCGCGAAACAGGCGAAACAAAACAGAAAGUUCGAGGAUGACAUUAAGAAAAUGGAAAAUGCGGCCAUGGCUGCUUACUUGAAAGAUGUUGAGAAUAACACGCGAGACAUGACUGCUCAAACAAUUAUCAAAGAUAAAAUGAACAGACCGGAGACGAAAGAAACGUUUCAAAAUUUUAAUCGCAUGCCGUCAGCCGCUGUAGAGACGAUUCCAAGAUUCAAGCCUAACAAUGAACAGAAACUUUUUCAGUUUUCACCGAAAGUGGAUCCUUGCGAUCCUGCGAGGAGCGCGUCGUCGUUUCCGCGGGUCCAACCAAGCGGCGAGAACAGAGCUCCGGGGAAGAGUAAGACGAAUAAAACGAAGGGAAAAGGGAAGAAGACCCAGGAGGACGAUCGUACAACCGCAACCGUCAGAAAACUCUGGUACGAGGCUCUCAGUCCCGAAGGAUACACUUACUACUGGCACGUUGAGACAAACGAAUCGGUAUGGGAACCUCCAGAAGAGGGUUACAUGACAUUUGCGGAACAAGAAGAGGAAGCGAAGGAAGAGGCGCUCCAGAGAGAGCUUAUAAAACAAAUGGAUCAGGAGGAGGCGGUCGAAAAAGCAGACAUUCUUGAGGAACAACGAGCUAACGUUGAGAGAGAAAAGAUGAGAGAGUUCAGGAAACGACGUGCUGAAAACGACGGCGAUGCUAACAGUGAGAACGUGGGAGUAAAGAGAGAAGCGUCCGAGGAGGAGGAGGAGGAGGAGGAGGAGAAGGAGAAGGAGAAGGAAAGACCGUAUUUGAGAGACUACAGUGUUCCCGAGAGACCGCAACCUUACGGGGCCUGGCAAGUUGUAAAGCCAAUCGAAACAAAACCGGUGGAUCUACAGUUGCCAAAGCAGAAGCAGCAGAUACAGCUACCAACGUUCGCUAAAGCAGAACCACCGCCCUCGCAGAAAACUUUUAAAGAGAAGACUGUUACGCAGAUCAGCGCCGGCGAUAGUGACGAUGAAGGAGUAUCGACUAUCUUCAAAAAGAGAAAAAUCGGGAACAAGAACGUGCGUAAGAGGACGACCGAUGAUUAAUAACAUCCGUUUUGUAAAUAAUGGCGAUAGGAAUCUUAUCUUUUUGUGCCUCUGAGAAAGGUAAAUUUUCAAGAUAAGUAUAUUUUAAGAAUACUUAAGUCAUUCAAACAAAUAUAGUGUAAUAUUUGUGAUAUCUUUAAGAAAGUUCGUAACGAAUGGAUUUCUUUUUGUUUAUAUACGCAAAUAAAAGACAUACACGAAAAUGUAAUAUAUUAUAAAUAUGUAUAUAAAAUAAGUAUACAAGUAUAUAAUAGACAAACGAAAGAAUUUCUCUAUCUAAUUUCUUUCUAAUCUUAUCUAAUUUGUUUUUCUGUGUGUGUGUGUGUAUGUGUGCGCAUAUGUUGUUUAUUACAUGUACAUUUAUAUAACG